ACAGAAUCCAAACCAGAACCAGAACCAGAACCAGAACAUGACAGGACCCAGACAGGAGGCUGUGGAGACAGCGGCCAGAGCUGGAGCUGCAGUUGGAGCCGUGGAAGUGGCUGGCAAAUCCACACGAAAGCAGCCCCAAGAUGAGAACGAAGAGGAGUACCAUCCGCCCACAAGCUACCUGGAGACGAUUGUGCACCUGUUCAAGGGCAACAUUGGGCCCGGUCUGUUUGCCAUGGGCGAUGCCUUCAAGAAUGGCGGCCUGCUUGUGGCGCCGCUGCUGACGGUGGUGAUUGCCGUCGUGUCCAUCCACUGCCAGCAUGUGCUCAUCGCCUGCUCCAAGAAGAUGCGCGAUCUGCGCGGCGACGCUGUCUGCGCCGACUAUGCCCAGACGGUGGAGAUGUGCUUCGAGAGUGGGCCCGUGAAGCUGCGGGGCUGGUCGCGCACCAUGGGACGGCUGGUGGACAUUUUCAUAUGCGUGACACAGCUGGGCUUCUGCUGCAUCUACUUUGUGUUCAUCAGCACGAAUGUGAAGCAGAUCCUGCAAGCGUACAGCAUCGACUUGGAUGUGCAUCUGGUGAUGCUGCUGGCCUUUGUGCCCGUUCUGCUGAGCUCCCUGAUCACGAACCUCAAGUGGCUGACGCCCGUCUCGAUGAUUGCCAAUGUGUGCAUGGUCCUGGGCCUGGCCAUCACCCUCUACUAUGCCCUGAAGGAUGGACUGCCGGAGGUUAGGGAGCGCGCCUAUUGGACAAGCGGCUCCCAGUUGGCCCUCUUCUUUGGCACCGCCAUCUUUGCGUUCGAGGGCAUUGCCCUGGUGAUGCCCCUGAAGAACGCCAUGCGCAAGCCGGGCCAAUUCGAGAGCCAACUGGGCGUCCUCAAUGUGGGCAUGUUUCUGGUCUCCGUCAUGUUCAUGUUUGCCGGCUCCGUUGGCUACAUGAAGUGGGGCGAAGAUGUUGGCGGCAGUCUCACACUCAAUCUGGGCGAUUCAAUUCUGGCCCAGGCCGUCAAGCUGAUGGUGUCCACGGGCGUACUCUUGGGCUAUCCCCUGCAGUUUUUUGUGGCCAUUCAGAUCAUGUGGCCGAGUGCCAAGCAACUGUGUGGCAUCUCCGGCCGCUCGCUGCUCGGUGAGCUCUCCUUUCGCACCAUCAUGGUGAUUAUUACGCUGGCCAUUGCUGAGAUGGUGCCCGCAUUGGGCUUGUUCAUCUCGCUGAUUGGCGCCUUGUGCUCCACGGCAUUGGCCCUGGUUUUUCCGCCUGUGAUCGAGCUGAUUGCCAGCAGUGAGCCAAACAAGGGACCCGGCCUCUUUGUCAGCACCAAGAAUCUCAUUAUACUGGUGGUGGCCAUGCUGGGCUUCUUCACCGGCUCCUACGAGAGUCUCAAGCAGAUUGUCAAUCACUUUGGCGAGAUGAAUGGUUGACGGAGGACGCCCAGCACAGCAGCAUCAAGUACGGAUCAGCACAGUAUCCUACCCAAGAAGAGGAGAUAUCAGAGGAGGACCUCAUCACGGGAUCAUCACAGAAUAUUUAUACAAUACAACAAAUGCUCAUCUGCAAAAAGCAUCAGCAAGCAAUCAUCACAGUAUCUUGGCAGCGAUAUCCACCUUAUACAUACAUACGUAAUCGAAACAUAGCACACACACACACACACACACACACACACACAAA